AUGGGAAAGUUUGUAUUAGGUCUGUGUGUUUUCCUUGUCUUCCUUCUUGUCGAGCAGUCUGCCGGUUAUAGAUGGUCAAAAUCACGACAGUCUCUAGGACAAAAUAAGCUGUCUAAUCGGCGGGCAUUCUCCUCCCAACAUGAUUUCUAUAAACGAAAACGUGGGCCAAAAGGGCCACCCCCAACGACAGACGAAUCCGGCAGUUUCGGAGAUUCCUCAUCAAGGCCACCACCACGUGGAUCAAGACCACCACCAUCGACCACAGAAGCCACAGUGGAAAAGCGAGGACGCAGAUCAAAGCCGCCACCAACUGACGAAUCUCGUGGUUUCGGAGACUCCUCAUCAAGGCCACCACCACGAGGAUCAAGACCACCACCAUCGACCACAGAAGCCACAGUGGAAAAGCGAGGACGCAGAUCAAAGCCGCCACCAACUGACGAAUCUCGUGGUUUUGGAGACUCCUCAUCAAGGCCACCACCACGAGGAUCAAGACCACCACCAUCCACCACAGAAGCCACAAUGGAAAAGCGAGGACGCAGAUCAAAGCCGCCACCAACUGACGAAUCUCGUGGUUUCGGAGACUCCUCAUCAAGGCCACCACCACGAGGAUCAAGACCACCGCCAUCCACCACAGACGCCACAAUGGAAAAACGAGGACGCAGAUCAAAGCCACCACCAACUGACGAAUCUCGUGGUUUUGGAGACUCCUCAUCAAGGCCACCUCCACGAGGAUCAAGACCACCACCAUCGACCACAGACGCCCCAAUGGGUUUUUAUAAGCGAGGACGGGAUGGAUCAAGGCCAAAACCGACUGACGAAUCUGGGGAUUCUGGAGACUCGUCAAGGCGGCCACCACCAUCAACCACAGAGGCAUCAAAGCGUAAUAUCAAACAAGAAGAGGAAGACCUCAGUAUUCUCAGACGUGUUUUGGAGGAGUACGUGGAUGAACGAGACAACUAGAUUGAAUUUCAGCUGCGGUUUCAUCGGAAAUACAACGAGAUCAUGUUAAUUUAUCAUUAAUAGGUCUC